GCGUUCUUCCAUCCCUAAUCAUAAGAAAACAUUGUGCACGCGACAAGUCAGCUGUUGCUUCUUGGAUUUUGGAUGCAAAAUUAAACAAAUUUCGAGGUCUCCAAUGCAAAAAACCACACUGUCAGUAUGAAAAACAAAAGAAAUAAAGCUGAGAAGAAAAAUAAGAAUAAAAAGAAGCUGUGGCACAAGAAGGGGAAGGCUUCUAUAACAGCUACAAGGAUUCUCCGCCAGUUGACAGAAAAUGAGGAUGCUGCCAACCCACCGAUCGCGGGAACAUCAACCACUACACAACCAACAAUGUCGGCGCAGUCUUCUAAUGGGGUUAAAAAACAUAAAAACAAGAAAAAUCCAAAAAGGCUUCAAAAGAAGAAAAAUGGAAAAGUCGAUUUUAACCGUGAAAUGGUAUCGAAGCUUCUGAGCUCAAUAAAAAAGAAAUAUCAAGUACAAAAUUCACGCACCCGUAAGAAGCUAAACUUUAGGAAAGAAUCGCCGGCAAAAGAAUCCUCAUUGCCCUUACCAAAAUUUUACAAAACAAAGGGCACCCAAAAUCAAUUAGGAAAUGACACUGUCGAAGAUGGGGAGAUUGUAGAAGAAAUAUUGAGCAGCGAUGAUGACUGUGUUUUGAUUGACGAUUCAAAUGCGUCCAUAGACAUCGAGGAUGAGAAGCCGAGUACAAGCGAACAAAUGUUAAAGGAUUUAAAGUAUGUCGAAGAUAAGUGCCGUGAAGCCUCUCUGCGUCUAAAGAAUAAAACAAACAACAACGUUGUCUACUCCCCAAAAAGCCAUGUGGACACAAAGGAAGAAAUAGACUCCUCUUGUAUUAUUUUGGAUGAUAGUAGUGAUGGUUUACCAGAUCCUAAAAAGAAGGCCAAAGAUGCUAACCAUGCGGUGAUUGAUGUGGACGAAGCUAUUGUGGUUGAAGAUUUCAUUCCGCUGUCGUCUGACAAGAAAAAUGAGAAGACAACCGCGAAGAAACGGAAAUGCUCUAACAACACAACGCCGCCAAAUAAAGUCAGAUGUCGUAUGAAUGAUAGUCUGUUUACAACGUCGGAGAAGAAGAAACUAGGAGACUAUAACAGCAACACUUACAAUCCUGCCACACAAGAAAGUGAUACCUUUGCCGCACCCAAGAGCGAUAAACGAGCCAUCAUAAUUGACGGCAGCAAUGUGGCCUUUGCCCACGGAAGAUCAAACAUAUUUUCAUGCGAAGGCAUUAAAAUCUGUAUUGAUUACUUUGACAAAAUGGGCCACAAUGUCAAGGCUGUAAUACCACUGUUUCGGAGAAACGCCACUAAAUCCUCGAAUCCAGAUUUACUUAACCAGCUGCACAAGGACGGCAAGAUUGUAUUUACACCAUGUAAAAACAUACCUGGCCAGAUGUCCAUCAGUUAUGAUGAUCGAUUUAUUUUGCAGCUCGCAUAUGAGAUGAAUGCGGCUGUCGUAUCCAACGACAACUACCGAGAUUUAAUAGACGAAAAUCCAGCAUUCAAAAAGAUUGUCGAAUCUCGUGUCUUAGGAUAUUCGUGGUGCGACAAUAUUUUUAUUCUGCCUAAGGAUCCAUAUGGGCGCUGGGGACCCACCCUCACAGAAAUUUUGAAAUGUUAGUUUAUGUUUAUUUUUCGUUUAAAUUUAUCAUUGUCGAAGCAUUUAAGUAUUCAUACGCAACUUUAUACGAUUAUUUCACAAAAUCUGUACAUAUAUAUAUAUAGGCAACCAAUAAAUGUAAGACAUUUGA